AUGCCAGACUACCAAGAGCGCAACGCGCCCGUCGCGCACACCCACUUCUUAAAGCGGCCUGCGACGAGCAGCGCUGUGCUCUACAACCCGAACACCGCUUUCACCGGGUUUCACCAACAUCGGGGAAGUACGUCCACUUCUGCUUCGGAAUCAACUGAUUCAUCUCCAACAACGACUAUCUCCACUAUGGAUGGAUCUUCGCUUACCGAACCUUCGCCGGGUCCUUCACCAGCCUCUCCUGCGGCAAAAGCGUCUGCUUCGUCGUUUUCUCCAGAUCUUCGUUCAAGAAAUGCCUCAACCGACAAGAGCAAGGGCGAGUUUUUCGAACUUCAGCGACCAACGACUCCGGCGAAAAAGCCUCGCAAUCUGAAGAAUCUGGCCGUAAACACUUCAUCUACGCUCAGCCUCGGACGUGCUGCGAACACGGCUGCGCUUCCUGUGCAAAAACCGCCAGCUUCAUCUUCUGCUCCACCGUCGCCUUCCUUCGUCAAGCCUCCAACGCCGCCGCGGCGAAAACCUAGCAAUCUGGCCCUGACCUUGCAAACCAAUGCGAAGGGCCCGCUUCCCACGCUUUCGAUUCCGCCGACGCCUUCCAUCAAGAGGCCGAACACGUUACGGCACUUCCAGUCCUCUCCGUCACUUCCGUUAUGUUCGCCUGCAGUUCCCCCUGCUGGUGGCAUGGAAUUGCCCCCGGCACCACGGUCGAGACCGCCGCCUCAUGGAUUUGCCGAAAUUCCAGUGGAGGAAGAGGAGGAAGAGCAAGAACCGAACUUUGACGUCCCUCAGUCACGCGAGGAAAAACCGGAGGCGUAUCCCAACGGCCCAAUUUGCAUCUACGAAUCAGGUGUGGACCUUUAUUACGAGCCGACCGCCGAAAUCGCUGCACGCUACGAUGUUGUGCUCAACGUGGCGAGUGAAGUCGUCAAUCCGUUCAAGAAGGCUGCGCAGGAUGCGAAAAGGGAUGCGAAUGCUGUUUCAAAGGAGAAUCCCACGUCGCCAAGGACCUUGGAGCUGACGCAACCGUCCGCCCGCACUUCAGCCGACGGACAAGCAGCCACUGAGAACUCAGCAGUGGCACAGGGAAGUUCCCCGACAACUCCAAAAGCCACUUCCUCAUUUGGAGAAGAGGCGGAGAAGCCGGUUGCGCCAUCUACGUCACGCUCGAAGCCGGAGUACAUCCAUAUCCCCUGGGAGCACAAUACCGAUAUUGUACCCGACCUGUACACGCUAGUCAGAGUCAUCGACGACCGCGUUCAGCAGGGCAAGCGUGUUUUGGUCCACUGUCAAUGCGGUGUCAGCCGCUCGGCCAGCUUGAUCGUGGCAUACGGCUUGUACAAGAACCCUGGCAUUAGUGUCCAAGAAGCUUACGAUGCCGUCAAGAAGCGAAGCAAGUGGAUCGGACCCAACAUGAACUUGAUUAUGCAACUUCAAGAGUUCAGAAAUGGCUUGCUUCGUGCAAAUGGACACAGUCAGGGUUACAAGGCUGGCAUUCCCAGGAGGCUUUCCCCGAACCCUAUGGGCCCCAGGGGAAAAGAUCAAUCUGGGUUUGACACGGAUUCGUCUGGUUCUCGGACUCCUGCCACAGCACCUUUGCCACCGGACUAUGGCCCCGAUCCCGUGCCGCAACGAGCGAGUACAGGCAACAUGGUACCCGUUUCGCCAGGUCCCACUUCCGCUCCGUCAGGUCUGAAUUGGGGCACGCCCGGUUUCCGUCGCACUUGGGAUGCAGCGCACGUUCCUCUCGGUUCUCCCGUUGAGCAACCUUUUGUCGAUCCUAUGGGUCACGUCAUCCCUGUGGUUACCAUUCAGCACCCCGCUCGUUCGACCCCAGAGCCCGAAAGGGAGGAGAAGUUUAUGAAAGAGAAGGGCAGGUCCGACAGCGAUGCUACUUUGCGCCAGGUUCCGAACUUCUCACGCCAGUUGCCGAUUAGGCAGCAACAAGACGAAGAUUAUGAUGACAACAACACGAUCAUUCUGACCACUAAUGUAAUGGAAAGCAACGCCGCGGCUGGACAUCAACAAGAGGCUCUGGACAGGUUGACUUCGUUUGCACCGUUAAACAACGCAGCGGCUCCACCGCUAAGCCCGAGCCCGCACAAGUCAAGCUUACAGGAGCGGCGCCAGAACAAGAUCAAGUCGCUGGCAGAGCCGUUUGCUGCAUCAAAGAACCCUGAGCCUCGAGCCAACUCUUCCCUCCUGAAGCCCCUUCAAAUGGAUGACACAUUACCCUUGGCUUCUCCACUCAAAGCUAAUUUCUCCUUCGACAACCCUCCAAGGCAGGUGCGGCCGAAUGACUCUGUCAUCUCGAUGUAUGAUCGCCACAAUGAAAGCCGAUCCCUCCCACAGGGUGAGAAGACGAACGGAUCUACCGAGCCUUCUGGGUCUCCCAUCUCUGAAGAAUUCCACAUGGCUCCGAUUGUGACAAAGGAUGAAAGUGACGAGGACUUCGGUCUCCUCUCGCCAACAAGGUUCGAAUUUCCAAAGAAUCCGUUCGAUGGACUUGAGCCUGAAACUCAAAACCAGGCAACCAGCAGCAAACCAGGAGUCUCACCCGGACUUCCGCCUCGCGUGCACGCAAUUCUUCCACCGGUUACGGAAGUCGAUACUCCCGAGCAAUCACCCUUCCAAGGAUUCGGCUUCCUAGGCUCUCAGCCUUCGCCACGGCCAGCGACACCGCCACAGGUCUUGAGGACUACUCAGCCUCCAUCCGAAGAACCAAGCCCGAUGGCAGGCAUUCGUCGCGCACGUACAGAUGGCCCCGAGCCGACCACGUGGAAUCUUCACGACAACGACAGUCACCUAUCCACGUCAGAACCAAGGCUUCGACCGAAGUAUUCGAACCCAGACUUGCAAUCGCAGCGCCGGCUCCGCGCCCUUCAAACCGAGAUGGAGUCACGCUUGCCCAGCCACAACCGCCCGCAUACAUCAAACGAAACCGCGACGCUGUUGUCUCCGAGAGCACAUGAAUUCACCCAAAAUCCUUUCCACUUCACACUCGAGGAAGUAUUUGGCUCCCUGCCGGCGGCUCAGAACAACCGAGUGCCUAGUCCUAAGCAAGAGGAUGUGAGUCAGAUCCGGGAACCUCCAAGAUGCAGCACGCCUCACACAAUGGGCAUUGAUCCUCGGAGCCCGCCACAAUCAGGUGCAAGCCCUAUCACAAGGAACAUCUGGGACGUUCUAUGA